UAUCCGUAUGCUCAAUCGGGACUACACGUCAGGUCACGGAACAGGUUCUUGGUGAUGGUCCUUGACAAUGACACGUCUGCAGACACCGGCACUCACGGCAGUUGCGGAUUUGAUCCUCUCAGCUGAACCUCUCAAUACGCGCGUAUGCUCAAUCAACACCCUGUGCUUACCUAUUCGCUCGAAUACGCUACCUACUUCAGCUUCGCAAUAGCGAUCCUCAGCUUCAUCAUCCCACCUCAUCUCCAACGCCAUUGCGUCAGACCAGUAGAUUCAGCCAGCCCACGGUGCGUGCCUGUAUGGCGGCCCCGCGAGAAGAGGGAGGAAAAAGCAAUUCUUCGUUUCCUUUCCCCCCCAGGUCCGACAUGGACCAUGGACCAGACCCCCCGCCGAUCGCAACGGUUCCUGAACCUUGUCCGAACCCUUUCCCUUCUGGUCGUGCAACUGGCUCAAUUGGCCUCUCUGAUUUGCUUCGAAAUCGGCGCUCCAUGCACAAAGUCAUCGGGGUUAAACAAAGAAACAUGGGUUCCCUCCACUGGGAUUUCACUAAUACCUGGUCCAAUACCUGUAGGUACUGCGUCAAACCCCCUUGCUAAUAGGAAAGCUGCUUUCUGCUACUGCAAGAUGCCGUGGCAGCUACGACGUCCGGGUUUCCCAUUAUCGACAAGCCGGGCCAAGGAGGAACGACAGGUGUUUGGGAUGGACAGGUCCUUGGGAAGAAUACAGCCUGCCGGCGAGCGCCCACGGCUCCAAUUAGACGGCGCAACUCUCGGUCAACUUGUGAGGGCGCAUGGAGAACCCCGCUCCUCUCGGCCAGCGAUUCCACUGCCCGCCCCCAUCCUACUCUUCCUACUCCCCUCCCGCAACCCGGCCGCUGCAUCCAGACCAAGCUCGCAACCCCCCCAUCCCAGAGCUGCAACCUGGGAUCCGAUCCCUUCAGCAACCGCGUCCAAAUGUCACCCUCCCAGCACCAAGUCUGCGAAGACCCUCGGCUGGCCGCUUCUAAGCGUCCUGUUGCUGCCACAGCCGGUCAUGGACCCCCAAACCGACGUCCUGGGGAGGUCGGGAAACCUGACUCGCCAAAGAAGCAUGGGUUGGCGACGUCGCGACGACGACGACCGACAGUUUGACUUGUGACACCUCCUCGCUCUACUAGCAAUGCGUCUAUGGAGUAGAUCGGCCCAGCUUGGUGCCCCGAACACUCGGUCGCGGCUUACACUACAUGCAGAUGGGAGGUAUUGGCAGGUACAGCACGUCGGUCAUCGUCACCGCGCACACCGAUGACAGCAUCGCACACCUUUUCGGGAAGACCUUGGAUCAUCAUUCACGAGUUGAGUAUCAUAUGUUCAAGUGACGAAACGUGGCGGAUUGAACAUGAUCUCACAGAGCAAAAGGCAACAGGCGGUUUACAGGGUUUACCACUGAGCGGAAUACCUCUGCUCUCGCUCAAUUGCCCCAUUCGGCAUUGUCUGCAUCGCCGGCGUGGGAUGCUCAG